CAGCACAGACCUAUAUGAACGUGAAUUUCCUCUCGGAACCAAAGAGUCAGUUAUCGAUUGUACACACACGGAAUUCAUUAUGAUCAGACACACAGGCAAGAUGGCGGAGGGAGAUUCAUGGGAUGCGGAUACUUUUGAUCCGGAUGAGCUUGUUAUCGGGACCAAGAAGGCUGUUGUAGCGGAUAAAUGGGAAGGCGAGGACGAGGAUGACGAUAUCAAGGACAACUGGGAUGAUGACGAGGAGGAAUUGAAAAAAACAGAAGAGAAAAAAGCAGCAGAGACCAAACUUUCUGAAAAGAAGAAAUUAGCUGAAAAAAUCAAGGAAAAGGAAAGUUUACAAAUGAAAAAACAAGAAGAGCUGAGAAAGCGGUUAGAGGAAUCACAGGAAACAGAACUCUCACCGGAGGAUGAGCUCGCAGAGAAACUCAGAGUGAAGAAGCUACAGGAGGACGCUGAUCUUCUAUUGGCUCAGGAGGCUUUCGGUGUCAUCAACAACAUAAAUGGAAUUGAUGCUAUAAGCCCGUCUUCUAAAGAUGAGUUCACAGAGUUUGAAAAGUUGUUAAAAGACAAGAUAUCACCUUUUGAGACUUCAAUACACUAUUCCGGCUUCCUAGAGUCCUUGUUUCGAGACCUCUGUCUCUCAUUGGAGGUAGAGGACUUGAAGAAAGUCAGCAACUCCCUGACAGUCUUAUUAAGUGAAAAACAGAAACAGGAAAAGCAGCUGAAUAAAGGAAAGAGGAAAAAGAAAGGUGUGGUUGCUGCUGGAGGGAUGAAGUCCAAGAUGAAGGAUGACCUAUCGGACUACGGAGAUGGAGGUUACGCACAAGACUACGAGGACUUCAUGUGACGUGACACCAACCCGAUUUCUGCGUCUCAAACGGACACCCUGUUCCCGAUGUAGAACCCUUUAUAUAGGGUGGCAUUUAGUAGGCUUCCACUAUCUGUCCCCAUUCCCCCCCCCCCCCCGCUCUGCUCCACCCCAAGCACCCUCAGAGCAUGACCUAUGACCUAUUCUACUGCCCAGAGCCAUCCAAUGAUAACCGCCGCCAGCCGCACACAAACUCCGUUCUGAAAAGAAGUGCUGAAUGGUUGGACGAGGAACGUCAGAUUUCAACGGGGUUGUUUCUCCUCGUUAGAAAUUCCUUCAACGAUUCCUCGAAACUGACUGACCAAUAAGACUGUGUUCUGGAUACCAAAAUGUUUCACCUCCCAUAAUGAGAUGCGAAUACCCAGCAGCAAACUUGUUUUUUUUUUUCUCCCAAUCCUAGAAUGAAUUUAAUUUGAUCUUUUUUUAAAGAAAUGAUCUGUCAAACUAAAUUUAAUUGUUACUGUUUGAUGAAAGAAAAUACAUUUUAUGUUCUGUGCAAAUCAGAUUAUUACUAUUUUUCUCAAGUAUAAAUUAAAUAUUUUUUUUUUUUACUCAAAGGAUGGUUAUUGGCAUUCUGAAAUAUACUACAUUGUUAUGUAAAGAAUAUAGGUCUCCAAAUGUCAGUUCGGUGCUCAUCACAUAUUACACUUGGGAAUAUAUUGAUCCUUGACAUCAUAUAGUAUGUUGAGAAAAGCAACAUUGACAUGUUAGAUCAAUUCAGGACUCUGUUUGCAUGGUCACAUAGUCUACUAAUAUUUUUUUUUUUGGGGGGGGUGAAUUCCUAAAUUAUGUGUUUAUAGAAUGUCUAAAGAUUGAUUACUUCUAGUUGUAAGGAGGGUGAUAUUGCCCUGAAACAUUCUUCCCCCUAAAUUAUAUUAAUUUUCUCGGAAAAUAAUACAAAAUGUUACGAUAAAGUAAUUUAAGGCUAGGAAGUAUUGAAGCCACACAAGUCAGAGUGUGAACAGAGGCCCAUAUACUGCUGAAAUGAAUAUGAUGUAACCAUAAGUCUUAACUGCUGGUGUAUUUUAAUGGAGAAAUGAUGGCGCUGAAAAUAAUCUUAUGUAGCAUUUCAAUAAAUAGCCGUUGGGUCAAGUAGAAAGCACGGCGCUGACCAUUUCAUCCUGGGCCUAUGUUCACAAAACGUCUGAGUAGAUACGCUGAUCUAGAAUCAGAUCCCCUACUUCCUAGCCUUCUUAUUCAUUAUGAUCAGAAAAGGCUAAACUGAUCCUAGAGCAGCACUGAGAAACCCAGUAUAAUCGCUUCCACUGAGUUGAAGCAAUAAUCACUCUAGGUCUCCUUGGCAUAACUUUGCACGGCUUGUAUCAAGUGAGGUGAGAAACAGACCAAAUGUAUUUAGGAAAGAAAGUUGUACUGUGUUAUUAUCGCUUGUUUUUAUUUUUCACAGCACAUUUUCAGGAUUGGUAAUGGAAAUAUAAAAAGAUUAAAGUUGUCUUAUUUUAUCCACCUAAUUUAAUAAAAUCACUGUUUUAAAAAA